CAAAAUCGUCUUCAUGGUCAGAUCACUCUUCUUAUCAAAUUUCAACCUCGUACAAAUUCUUGUGGUGGUUUUGCAGCAAUUCUUUUCUCUCCCCAGAGAAACAGGUCAGUCACGCUAAGAAGUCGCGAGGCGAGGUAAGAGGCAGCAAGCUCCACGCGUAGGAGAGUUGAGCUUCAAACCACAACCAGCGAGCCAACUCCUCUCCUCAAUCAACACCGCAGAACAACGUCAACAUGGAGGUUUUACUGGGCAUCACUGGCAAGGACUUCACUCUCGUCGCCGCCUCAAAGGCUGCGAUGCGAGGAGCGACCAUUCUCAAAGCUUCCGAUGACAAGACUCGCGCAUUAAACAAGCACACUCUAAUGGCAUUUUCGGGUGAAGCUGGAGACACAAUCCAAUUCGCAGAAUACAUCCAAGCAAAUGCCCAACUCUACUCCAUGCGAAACAACAUCGACCUCUCCCCAUCUGCCGUUGCCCACUUCGUCCGCGGUGAACUUGCCUCUUCCCUCCGAUCCCGAAAGCCAUACAAUGUCAACCUCCUCCUCGGCGGCGUCGACCCCAUCACCGACAAGCCCUCCCUUUACUGGCUCGAUUACCUAGCGUCGCUGGCCCCAUUACCAUACGCUGCUCAUGGCUAUGCACAGUACUACUGCUUGUCCAUUCUGGAUAAGCAUCACCACCCUGAUAUCGACUACGAGCAAGGUCUUAAGAUUCUCAGGAUGUGCACGGACGAGCUGAAGAGGCGGUUACCCAUCGAUUUUAAGGGCAUGUUGGUCAAGGUGAUUACGAAGGAUGGUAUCAAAGAAGUGGAAUACGAUGAUGAGGCGAGAAUUGCUUGUCCUUAGGAUAUGAAUCUGGGAAGGCUCGUUGUACUAUAUCAUGGCAUUAAGAAUGGACUGGCGAAUGGCCUGGUUUGCUUUGAAAUUGGUUCGAAUGUUCGUGAAUCAUACCUACUGGGAGUAGUCCAAGUGAUCUUCUGCUUCAGCUAUCUAUGUAUAUCGGCUUUCCUCCCUCAGAACCCUGCUAUCUGCAGUGCUAUUGCGAAGAGC